AUGUAUCAAUUUCACCCAUACCAAGACCAGUACCAAGACCAAUAUCAAGACCAGUACCAAGACGACUUUAAUUUCCCAGAGGAUCUAGAUCAGACGCUAAAACGAAAAUGGCCCUUUGAAGAGGAUGGUUCCCACAGCUCUCCAACACCCUCUCCAUCAGAGGGAGCCUCGGAAGGUGUAUCAGAGGAGGUCUCUGAGGGCAAGGUGUGUUUUGGAAGCCUUGUGAGAGUAAAAACUCAACUUCAAGGCUCUGGCUUGCUCGAUGGAUUUUCACUGGAUUCCAGGUCCUCGCAAUCGUUCACAGUGCGUCAAGAAGGCAGAUAUUUCUUACUUCAACACAAGAAAGAGAGCUUUGCACGCCUAAACAAAUUGAUCAGUAAAGAUCUGAGUGAGCUACUCCAAGAUUUCCCUACUGUGCGGUUGAAGGCCUACCUAUCUCGAAAAGACCUCGUGAUAGGCUCUGAAUCAUGGCGUUCCGGAAACGCGAUAAACGUUGAAAUCAACAUAUACGGACCUGAAGGCGAAUCUGCAAAAGUUGGAAAGAGAUUGAGCAAAUCGGGCAACUUCCUCCAACAGCCUCGCUUUGGAGCUGGGGGAAUGAAAUAUGUCAAUCCCCAUAUUCUUCGGAUGCCGGGCUUUUCAAUCGAUCAUGAAAUUUUAGAUCUGGAUUCUGAAAGUGGAGAAGAUCAGACUUCGGAAUCCCCUGGCGGAGAAGACAAUUCUCGCGAUGACCCGAUUGAUGUAGAACAAAUACUUGACUCGCAAUUGCAACACAUUCUAACAACAAACAUUUCCAUCGAUCGUCGAGUCAAGAGCAGCCUUUUACAGCACCAAAAAGAAGCGAUUGAUUUUAUCUCUCAGCAUGAGAAAGGCGGAGCAGAUUUGGAAGGACUUUGGAAAUACAAUGAUACAGAUGAGGAUGAGCCAUUUUAUCAGCAUGCUCUCAACGGCGAAAGACGUCGAGAACCAGAUCAUGCCAAAGGUGGAAUUGUGGCUGAUGAGAUGGGCCUUGGGAAGUCUUUGGUGAUUCUAUCGGUGAUUGCUGGAUCCUUAGAUGAGGCCCGACGGUUUGGCGCACAAAAGACUCAACAACAAAUCCGGACUCCAUCCAAAGCGACGCUUAUAAUUGUGCCAUCAACUUUUUUGAUCGAUAAUUGGAUAAAGGAGAUACAACGGCAUAUUUUCUCGGCAACAUUGUUCUCUCAUCAGCACAUUGGGUGGGAGCGUCACGCCGAGAAAGAGUUGUUGAAGGAGAAGGAUAUAGUGUUUACGACAUAUGCAACUCUAGCAGCCGAGGCUCACCGAAAGGAUAGAGAGAGCAUAUUGUCAACCAUCGAAUGGUUCAGAAUCGUUCUAGACGAGGCGCACUAUGUUAGAAAUCGUUCCACGAAGCAAUUUCAAGCCGUGAUGAGUCUUUCCGCCCAGUACUACUGGUGCCUUACCGGAACACCAAUCCAGAACGAUAUUGAAGAUCUCGGAGCAUUGGUCGCAUUUGUCAGGGUGCCGAUCCUUCAACGCCCGGCAUCAUUCAGGAAGCUGAUAUCAUCGCCGAUAUCCUUGAAUGUCAAGGAUCGAUUCAAUAACCUUCAAACCCUUCUUCGCUCCAUCUGUAUCCGGAGAACAAGGGAGCUGUUGAAUAUUCCCGAGCCGAUUGAGACCCGAAAAACCCUGGUCAUGGCUCCAUCGGAGCUUGAACAAUAUCGAGAGCUAUUUCAAAAAUGCAAAAUGCGCAUCGAGAUGGUUGUCUCUGGACACCGAAAGGGAAGGUUCAACUCGACAAUAUUGGAGCUAUUUCUAGCCCUUCGCCUCUUUUGCAAUAAUGGCAAAGCGGAAGAGGGAGCACCAACUGAUAUGGAUGAAGCUCUGUCCCUGCUUCAACAGCUCGAUCAGGACCACUGUGUCUACUGUGGUAGCACGAUCCUCCACCUUAGUGAAACUCCUGAAACUGAUGGAGGGACCAUGAUUCUCUCCUGCCCACAUAUUGUGUGCCACGGCUGCAUGCCACAGCACUUGAUGGACAACAAGCAGUGCCCAACUUGUGGCCCUAGUAACAUACAGUCCCAACCAACUCACGCAGCCAGAAAUCAAAUGGCAAGACGUCCGGGUGAGCCCACAAGUCGUCCAUUUUCACAAUAUUCGACCAAGUUACGCGCUCUCUUGUCGGACAUAAUGCAAAGUCCUUCUCAAAAAUGCAUUGUUUUCUCGAGCUGGAAGAAAAGUCUCACUCUUGUCGCCGAGAUGCUCAUCAGCCAGGGCAUCGCAUAUAGCAUGAUUGAUGGAUCAUUGCCGUUAUCCCGGCGAAUAGCUGAGCUGAAGACUUACGAGGGGCCAGAUACGAACGUGCUCCUCAUGACCCUGGGCACGGGUGCUGUUGGACUGAAUAUCACAUCUUCAUCUUGCAUUUACCUUCUUGAGCCUCAGUGGAACCCUUCCAUUGAAGACCAAGCAACCGGUAGAGCGCUUCGAUUGGGGCAGCUUUCCCGCGUGACAAUCGUUCGAUAUAUAAUGAAAGGCACGGUGGAAGAGACGCAUGUUGUUCCACGUCAACGCAAGAAAAUACAAAUUGCGGGCGGCGGGUUCCAAAAGGAGAACAACAGGAAUGCUGAUAGGCUUCAGUCUUUGCGGGAUCUAUUUGAAGUCGAUUCGAUGACGCAGGAUCCGACAACUCUGCAUUAA